CCGGGAGUCUGAAUGUGUUGCACGGACCCUUGCCUUUGAGGGGGAAAGAAAGUUUCAGGAUUCCAAGAAGGUCCCGAUGGAUCUCAAGGAUACCACCAGUGAAGGCAGCCUGCAGCCGUCCAGCAUCCAGAUCUUUGCCAACACGUCCACCCUCCAUGGCAUCCGGCACAUCUUUGUGUAUGGGCCCCUGACCAUCCGCCGCGUGCUUUGGGCUGUGGCUUUCAUGGGCUCCCUGGGCCUGCUGCUGGUGGAAAGCUCAGAGCGCAUCUCCUUCUACUUUUCCUACCAGCAUGUCACCAAGGUAGAUGAAGUAGUUGCCCACAGCCUGGUCUUCCCCGCCGUGACUGUCUGCAACCUCAAUGGCUUCCGCUUUUCCCGCCUCACCACCAACGACCUGUACCAUGCUGGGGAGCUGCUAGCCUUGCUCGAUGUCAACUUGGACAUCCCUAAUCCACACCUAGCUGACCCCACAGUACUGGAGGCCCUGCGGGAGAAGGCCAAUUUCAAGCACUACAAACCCAAGGUCUUCAGUAUGCGAGAGUUCUUGGAGCGUGUUGGACAUGACCUGAAGGAUAUGAUGCUCUACUGUAAGUUCAAAGGACAGGAGUGUGGGCACCAGGACUUCACCACUGUGAGUAACUUGGUUUUCAGUUCUUUUGGGGGUUUUGCUCUCCCGGCCAUGAAAGGUGCUUAG